AUGCAGAGCGUCAAACAGCUCUCACGAAACACAACGGGAGCACUGCAGCUGCUUCAACGAAGCUCGAAAUCGCUGAACCUUCUCGCUUCCAACGGGCUUCGUGCAUUCUGUCAGGCUCCUGGAGAAAGGCUUUUAGAAAAAGAACAAAAAGGCCUUGAUCUCUUGCAAGCAGUGAAAGGGAGAGCACGAAUAAGAUGGACACCACCGACGGGACUAACCUUUCCUGUAGAGCUGGCAUCUACAGCAGAGGGGCGCCCUAUCAAUACAGGAGCGUCGUUGGGCAGGCCCUCAAAGCUCCCUUUUAUAGUUUAUCGAACUGAAAAGGGCAACAAUAUUCCAGUUUAUAGAGACUUUCGUGGUCAUAACAAAGUGUACACAGUACUGAAGCGAGUACGUGGGCGCGUGGAUCUCCUAGCUGUUGACAUGGAACGCGUAUGCGGUGGUCGGAAAGUGACCGUCCGCCCGGGACCAAGGCUCGUGGUCGAGGGCGACUUUCUCUUCCCUGUUCGCGAGUGGGUGCGUGCACUUGGAUUUUAG